AUGGCCAAGCCAACCCUUCACGAAAGCGAUGGACUUCUCAAUCCAAACAAUAACAUGGACAGAUCCGUCGACAAUGACAGCAAGGAGAGCACUAAGAAGAUGGACGAUUGGAAGGUCAGUCUUAUUAGUGGCUCAUGUGCGUGUACUGCUGUUUUUAUCAUCAAUCUUGGCUUGACCAUCUGGUCAGGCGUGAGCCUCAAAGACGCAGCGGAUAGCACAGAGACGAGUCGAAGAAUCAUGUACGAGGGUACCUGUUCGACAACCCGCAACAUAAAUCUCGUGAUUCACCUUAUCAUCAACGUCUUCGGCUCAAUUCUUCUUUCCGCCAGCAACUAUGGGAUGCAAUGUCUUUCGACACCCACCAGGGCAGAUGUCGACAGAGCCCAUGCACAAGGGAAAUGGGUAGACAUUGGUAUCCCCAGCUUCCGCUUCCUGACCCUAGAACAAACGAGUGCGAAACUAACAGCAUCGAGGCUCAACUCUGUGGUCUACUCAUCCUUAUCAUCAUAUUCAUAUGAGGUUUUUGGCGCCGAUAGAAACCUCUAUUUGAUCGAAAAAGACUCCGACCUACCUGCACGCAAGUCCACUCUAGCCACAUUCAAGUCGAGGAAUAUGUUAGUCAGUCAACUCGAUAAUCUCACCGCCUCGGAGUGCAUCAAUGAGUAUGGUACAACUUUCCAGACCAAAAGGGCCGACGUGAUACUGGUUUUCGACUUUUCAAUGUCGAAAGAGGAAUCGAAUCAAACAUACGAGAUAAAUUCUGCCUUGUCGCACAAUGUUCGACGAGGAGACUGCAUCGAAACAGAUUAUGAUUGGAUCUGUGCAAACGAGUCAUGCGACACACCCUGUCACUUCCUAUUACCAGAAAUUAAACGUCAGCCGGAUAACUGGAAACCAUAUCGUUUGUAUGAUAAUAAGGUCAAGUAUUGCCUCAGCCAACCAGCACCACAGAGAUGCAGAUUGAACUUUGACAUCACCCUUGCGUCCAUCGUUCUUGUUGUAAACUUUGUCAAGGCGAUUAUACUUGCAUUUAUUGCUUUUCGACCACCAAAAGAACCUCUGUUCGUUCUCGGAGAUGCCAUUCAGUCAUUCAUGACUAGGCCAGAAGAGAACCCUCGGGGAAGUUGCUUAAUAUCUGCGCACAGUGUCCGCAACGACCUCUUGGAUGAACCGGGCCUUGUGCAUACAGCUCCUAAAAGACGCGGAGCUGCCAUUAGUUACACGCGGUGGUUCUUCAGCCUCGCCAUGUAUGGAGUUACAUUGGGCGUCAGUUGCUGGCUUCUGUACUAUGGUAUUAGCCAAAUAUCUGAUCGUCAUGACUUUAAGAGCCUCUGGGGAUUGGGAUUUGGAACCGCAAACGAACUCACCCUGAUAACAGGUUGGGGCUUUUCAAAUGGACUGCAGCACGAGCAGAAUAUUUUCCGCCAAGUUCUCGUUUCCAACAUUCCUCAAUUUAUCUUCUCCAUGUUGUAUUUCCAUUACAACAGCCUCUAUACAGCCAUGGCUGCCGCAAAAGAAUGGAGCGAUUUCGGCCACAAGCGACGUCCAUUACGCGUUUCUUCCAGUCCGAGAGAAUUCCAGUACCAGGGAACUGUGGUAACCUGUGGGUAUUCACCAAUCGCCAUCAUUUGUGUUAUUAUUACCUCUGGUCUUAUGGCCGUCGCAGUAUUUACUACAGCUCUUCGUCGACUACCAACUGGUAUGCCUGUGGCUGCGAGCUGCAGUGUGGCGAUUGCGCCUGCUUGUCGUCAGCCAGAUGGUUUCUCGCACCCUGAGGAGGCACCAUUACUACCUCUACAGUGGGGUGUUAUGACUAUCGAAAGGGAAGGGUCUGAUAGAGAGAUAACAGAUCAUUGUGGGUUCUCUCAUGAGUCGGUCGAGAAGCCGGAGGAUGGGCAUGCGUACUACUAG